UCACGAAUAUUCCAUACAAUUAUGUAAGUAACCCAUUCCCUACAUAUAACCCCCAAAAAAGCUUUUGCAUUCUAUUAAAUUGUAUUCCAUCAAUGGCUUCCAUUCCUCAAGCUUCCGAACCCGGUUCAUCAUCUUCUUCUUCUACUUCAUAUUCUGGUUCUCUCGCAUCUCGUACACCGGUCAUUUUAGAACCCGAGGCUAAACCGUGUGAAGAACGUAAGACGAAUAAAAGAAAUCGUAAAGAUGUUAGUUACAAACAUCCUGUUUUUCGUGGAGUUAGAAUGCGUAGUUGGGGAAAAUGGGUGUCCGAAAUAAGACAACCUAGAAAAAAAUCGCGCAUUUGGCUUGGAACGUUUUCGACUGCUGAAAUGGCUGCUCGAGCUCACGAUGUUGCUGCCUUGUCAAUAAAAGGUCAUGCGGCUAUUCUUAAUUUCCCCGAACUCAAAGACACAUUACCUCGUCCCGUGUCUCUAUCGCCACGAGACGUUCAAGAAGCCGCAGCUAAAGCUGCGACAAUGCAAACACCACCAAAACCGUUGUCACAACCAGCAACAUUGGCCGAGUCAAAUACGGUAGAAGAACUUGGUGAGAUUAUUGAGUUGCCAAGUUUAGAAGGGUGUUUGGACUCAUCCGAGUCGUCUACCGAGUUAGUGAUGAUUGACUCGGUAGUGGAUGAAUGGGUGUAUCCGUCAUGGGCAGUGGCGGACAUUGAUGGUUUUCUUGAUUAUAUUUCCGAUCAAGUGGUGGAUAAUGGUGGUAAUACGUUUACAUGGGAUUGUUAAUUAGUUACUACUUUUAUAUAAUAUUGUUUAUUGUUUAUAUACAUAUACAUAUAUAUAUACACUUUUUUCAUUAUGUCAAUAUAUAUUAUGACAAUAUAUACAUUAGUUUGACCUUGAUUUCA